AUGGGUCCUGGCGAUCCGGCCUCCUUGUACCUGCUGCCGGCUAUCACUGGUCGCUGCGUGGAGGUCCUGCCCAGGCCCAUCAAGCUCCAGCGGUCUGUGCGGGACCGCGUCAGCCGCAGCCGGCCCGCAGUGAAGAGCUGCUUCACCAAGGAAGAGGUGCCCAAACAUGAACGCGAUCUGGAAGGCUUCGAGGCCCCGAGCAGCGCCUCUCCGCUUCCACAUCGGUCGGCGUCGGUGCUGCCCCUCACGGACUCCUGGAGCACCCCGUCGCUCAGCGAGUCUUCGGAGCGCACGCCCUCGCUUCGACCUUUCUCGGCCUCGAGCCGCCGCGAUGUCGGGAUGAGCCGGCUGGGCCCUGUGGAGGUGACUGGCGAAGACAGGCUCGCGCUCAGCGCCAAAGAUCCCAAACGCCGGCGGCGGGCCCAAAGGAGGAUCACCACGAAGAACGUGGAGCGCAUCGAGUCAAAGACAAGUUCCGUUCGCGAAGCGAAGCUGAAACUUUUUUACGUCGUCCAGUUCGGCAACAAUUCGGGUCUCAUUCGAGACCUUUUGAAGCAUCGGAGAAUUUGGUUUCCAGGUCCUGGCGAUCCCGGCUACUUGGGCCGGCGGCAGGAGGCCCCGUGCACCGUCAAGGUCGAGACUGCAACAGAUGCACCGGAGAUACAGCUGUUGUGGUCGCAGUACGUCGUCCGGGACUUCCUCAACGCCAUGGCCGAGGAGCAGCAAGGCUGGAUCGUGAGCUACAACGAUGAGAACCGCAUCCGACUCGAGCAGCGCGAGGGAGCUGCAGGGUCUGCGGGGUCCCGCGUGCACAACCACUUCGAGAAGAACGCCCUGAUCAGCUCCAAGGCGGGUCUUCGGGAGACUAUGGUUGGCUACUACAGAAGCCACGGCCGGGACCCCUUCGGCGCCAUCCCGCUCACCUUUGUGGUGCGUGCCGGCUCUACGGACCCGGAGUUUGCGCAGUGGCGAGAGAGCUUUGAGGAGCUCAGGGCCGCGAAUGAGACAGUGUGGCUGGUGAAGCCCGGAGACAAGGCCAAUCAGGGCAAGGGCAUCGUUGUGUGCGACAGCGCGGAGGAGGUGCAGGAUGCUAUUGAUAGCAAGAGCCGUGUCUGGGUAAUCCAGAAGUACAUCGAGAAGCCCUUCCUGAUCCACAAGCGGAAGUUCGACAUCCGAUCGUACUGCCUCCUGGCCCAGGACCCUUCGACAGGAGCUUUGCACGGCUAUUUCUACAGACAGGCAUACCUCCGGACGACAAGCGCCGCAUUCACGUUGGCGACCAAAGACCGCUUCGUUCAUCUGAACAACGAUGCGGUGCAGAAGCAUGGCGAGGGCUAUGGCAAGUACGAGGCAGCCAACAAGAUGUCGCUGUCGGAGUUUCAGAGCUACCUCGACGUCCACCACGGACGCGAAUGUCUGAGCAUCCACGGCGCCUUGCUUCCACAGAUGAAGGCCCUGAUGGCAGACACGCUGCGUGCUGUUGGCACAAAGAUCAACCCACGUGGCAUCCAGCACUGCUUCGAGGUCUUUGGCUUCGACUUCAUGGUCGACGAGAACUUCCGGGUGUGGCUCAUCGAGGUGAACACCAACCCGAGCUUGGACCUUUGCUGCAGCCUUCUGAUGUCGAUGAUCCCCAAGAUGCUGGACGAGGCCCUGAGCUUGUCCUUGGACAAGAUCUUCGGAGACUCCACCGCGGCCCACACGGCUUGGGAGCCCAUCUACAGUUCCGAGGAGCGAGCUGAGGAGGCCGCUAGCGACGCUUUUGUCGGAAUUUCAUUGAGGUGGUUACUGGGUUACUUUCAAGGAUGGCUUCGGUAG